GGCCAAUGACGGUAGACAACGUAAAUGUUGAUAUUUUGCCCGAUUUCUACCCGGCAAACUGCCUGCGUGCAUAGCGCAGAAUAUUCGAGGAAUCCUUAUCAGUCGCAGAAAUUCCGUGUGUGCCAUUGUAGCCAAUUAGGGUCAGCCAUGCUAAAGUUCGUCGGACUCUUCCUACUGCUUCCGGCACUCGUUUUGUGCGGGCCCGAGGAAAACGAGGGCGUUCGGUACGCCAGUAAGUGCGAGGCGUGCAAAAUAUUGGCCACCGAACUGCAGGCCAGACUCUCGGAAACGGGCAAAUCCCACGACGUUAUUGAAGUGGGCUACAACGUGGACGAUGUGAAGCCACGAAAGCGCAAGGAGUAUCGAAAGAGCGAACUGCGCCUGCUGGAAUCAAUGGAAAAUGUGUGUGAUCGCAUUUUGGAGUACAACAUCCACAAAGAGCGCAAGGACAGCACCCGGUUCGCCAAGGGUAUGUCGCAAACCUUCCAAACUUUGCACGGUCUGGUCGACAAGGGCGUCAAAGUGGAUCUUGGCAUCCCGCUCGAGCUUUGGGACAAACCGUCCGCGGAAAUCACGCAGAUGAAAACGCAGUGCGAAACCAUGGUGGAAAACUUCGAGGAAGUGAUCGAGCGAUGGUACAACGAUAAGCAGGAUGAUGUCCCGUUGAUCAAGUACUUGUGCGAGGAAACCGUACUGAAGGGAAACGAUCCCAAGUGCUUGUAUGAAGCACUUUCAGAUGGACAAGAUAAGAAGAAGGAAAAGAAGGAAGAGCUAUGAUUGUAUCAUUAGGUUUAUUUAGGACAAGCAUUACACCGUUCAUUGUACAUUGUCAAAAAAAAUCACGAUGCGCUCCGAACAUACCUCUCGAGAUUGCCUAGAAUAAAAA